AUGGUGCUCACCCACCAGAUUCUAGGUGUACAGCUGAAGAAAUCUGUUGUGUCCUUGAACCCACCAUGGAUUAGAAUAUUUACAGGAGAGAAAGUGACUCUUACAUGCCAUGGUAAUAACCCCCUUCAAAACUCCUCUACUAAAUGGAUCCACAGUGGCUCCAACUCUAACGUGACAACUUCACAUUUGGACAUUGUGAGUGCCACCAUUCAGAACAGUGGAAAAUACAUAAGUCCAAACCAAGGAUGUUACAAGAGUGACCCUGUGCACCUAGAAGUGAUGGAAGAGUGGCUGAUUCUUCAGACCUCUGCUGAUGUGGUAAUGGAAGGUGGUUCCUUCCUCAUUAGAUGCCAUGGCUGGAAGAACUGGGAUAUCUACAUGGUGACCUACUACAAGGAUGGCCUUGGUCUCACAUACUAUUAUGAUGGCCUCAACACGUUCAUUCGAAAUGAUACAUUUAAUGACAGUGACACCUUUCACUGCUGGGGCAGACUUCAUGGGCUGCACUUUGACUCUGAGAAAGUCAGAAUUACUGUAAUCAAGGAUUGGAAGUGCAAGCAUGAUUGGCUACAAUUUAUUAUCCUACUGGUGGUGAUUUUGUUUGCUGUGGACAUGAACUCAUUGGUCUCAACCCAGAAACAGCUCACAUCAGUCUUGAAGAUUCAAAAGACAGGAAAACACAACAAACCUUGA